GGCAGAGGCAGUGGAAGGGUCACACUGCAAUCUUGACUUCAAAGAGCAACACGCCCCCGCUUCUCAGCUUUGAGCUUCUCUUAGAUGGAAUGAUCUGAAAAGCUGGUGCCAUUGUGUUCGUUAUACUUGUAUCAAACAUAGAAGAUAACAUUGCUGUGCAAGGCACAGGUGAUAAAAGAUGAGUGCCGGCAGAGUAUUGGAGCAAACACUUGGUGAUAUUCUUUCUGUAAUCAAACCAUCAUGGGAGGACCAGAUAGCUCGAAACCGUAUUAUUGAGGAGCUGCGAACUAUUGUUCAGUCUAUGGAUAUCUUUCGAGGUGCAACGGUGGAACCAUUUGGAUCAUUUGUCUCUGGUCUUUUCACAAGAUGGGGGGACUUGGACAUCUCCAUUGAGUUACCCAACGGUUCAUAUAUCUCCUCUGCUGCAAGAGAUCGGAAAAAGCUUAUGUUGGGAUUUUUGCAGUCGAGACUAAUAGGUCGAUUUCAGAAGCUCCAAUUCAUCUCCAGUGCUAGAGUUCCAAUAGUGAAGUUUGAGAGCAGAAGCAUUUCCUGUGAUGUUUCAGUUGACAAUCUGUCGGGCCAGAUGAAGUCCAAGCUCUUGUUAUGGAUCAAAGGCAUAGACGCACGCUUUGGCGAUAUGGUCUUAUUGGUUAAAGAAUGGGCUAAGGCUCAGGAAAUCAACAAUUCAAAGUCUGGAAGCUUCAACUCAUAUAGUCUCACUUUACUGGUCAUUUUUCAUUUUCAGACUUGUGUGCCUGCAAUUUUACCUCCUCUAAAAGAUAUAUAUGCAGGAGAUAUAGUUAACGAUCUGCAAGGUAUAAGAGCUGAUGUAGUCCGGAAAAUUACAGAAACUUGCACUGCUAACAUAGCCAGAUGGAAAUCCAACAGAUACAGGGCGGUUAACCAAAGUUCCUUGUCUGAGCUUUCAAUUUCCUUCUUUUCUAAGUUUUCGGACAUUAGUCAGAAGGCUAGAGAUCUAGGAAUUUGCCCCUAUACAGGAAAGUGGGAAGCACUAAGGAGCAAUACGAGAUGGUGGCUUCAGACUCCUGCGAUAUUCAUUGAGGACCCAUUUGAGCGACCGGAGAAUGCUGCAAGAACUGUUAAAACAAGCCUUAUGAUGAAGAUAUCUGAAGCAUUCGAGACAACUUAUCAAAAAGUUUCAUCAAACUACCAAACUGAGGAUUCUUUGCUUCCGGAACUGGCCAGGCCACGCGUUUUGAAAGCUCUUGGGAGGACUCCUUCUAGAGCAGGGAGUUCCAGUGGCAACCGCAAUAGGACGAACGGUUCAGUUGUUGCCUCGUCAUCACAAGUGCUGCAGCAAUUCCAGAACAUGAGUCUGCAAAACCGUGGCAUGGCCCAGAACAGCCAACCGCGCAGAAACACUGACCUGUUCUUUGACUUGUGAAAAUCAAGAUGAGUGGAAGGAAAUUAUUGAAGGGAAAUGCUGGAUGUCGGAAGACAUGAAAGUAAGGCACCUUGCCACAGUUUCUUGAAAUAGUUGCUUGCAUCGAAUGGUUGCUUAGCGUUGGAGGUAUCUGCAAUUUUCGAUGUACUUUUGAACUUUCUCUAGCAGAUUGCUUUGCGCUUUUCAGUUGGGAUGACAUGAAUCCGGGCACAUUUGUAAGCAUUAAACGUUACCUAGGUCUUCUAAACAUGGCUCUUGCACAGGAAGUGGACUUGUUUGUGUGCUGAGAUGAUUUUCUAGUCAAAGUUUGCUACACAUAUCCAUCUGAAUUCAGUUUAGUGUGUUCAGGUUUUAUCUCUAGUAAAGAAGGAUCAUUGUCAUUCUCUUCUUCCUUGAAGGAACUGUACUCCCUUCACAUGUAUGAAUUAAGUAAAAUCCUAGUUUUCUUCCCUGAAAUUAUGCACGUUUUUCAAUCAA